AUGAAUCAUCACGACAACAACAACCAUAUCAAGAGGCUAUACGACGAUGAGACAGAUUCAGAUGAAGACUUCUAUAGACCAAUAUUUCCCCGUCCGCUCGCUGAGCAAUUGACAGUCAUCGCCGCAAGCGAUUCGGCGAAAGAUAUGUCCGAUGAUACCAUGGCCGCCAACGACAGUGCUAGUAGGAUCCAAUUGACGAGAGAGCAAGAGAUACAAUGCCUUGAACAGAUGCUACUGGACCGCAGCGCACAACUCAAUACCGCGGUGGCAAGCGCGAUAGCCAGAUCGAUAGCCAUCAGGGAAGAUAGAUUCGUGAUCAAGCUGCCGAGGAAAUAUUGGAAUGAAUACUGGAUUUACCCCUACCCUAAACACUGGGACAUGGGAGGCCUGCACAACAACCUCGUCCGACAUCCAUACAUACUCGAAAGGUUCUUGUACCAAGAGAAUGAAGUACUUGACUUGAUCGAAAUGGAGAAGCGUCGUGUCAGGCGUCGAAUUGAAGACCAGGGAAACUUUCCAAAUGACGGCGAGUUGAAAUACUUGAUGGACCAGAUCAAAGAUCGGCAGUGGUCCAUUGAAUUAGAAUGCCCACAAAGACUUGUUGGCGAGAUGUUGACCAGUAUGCUGGAUCGGAUUUCCUCGGACAUCUUGAACAACGUCGACAAGAGUUCUGAGACUACAUCCAUUUCAGACAUGCCCUCCAGCCUACUCGACAUCAUCAAGGAGGAUGUAGAUCUCCGAAAGCAAUUUGCGAAACUGAGAGAGGUAGAGCGCGAGCAUUUUCCGUGGCUGUCCGAACCGGCAAAUAUGUUGGCACGACAAACCGAGCGAUCAGACACUACAGUAUCUGACGUACCAAAUUUCAAAGAGCCAGCUCCAUUCCCGCCUUCGCCCACAGAUGUGAUCUAUGGUCCGGAGUAUAUGGUGUUGGCGGACAAAGUGAAAGUUGAAGAGAAAUAUUAUGCGACCUUUGAGUGUAUACCUUGGGUGGCCAAGGGUCCAAUUGAAUAUGGAUUACGCAAGGACCUAUGUGUAAGGCUGAAACCCCAGAAGGUCGAAAUUCCCCCUGAGCAUCUUCUGCCUCCUAUUGUCUACAUGGCUAGAACAUCGCCCACGCCACAGGAUCAACAGUCGGAGUCUGCCCAGGGUCAACAAACAACAUCCACACCUCAACAACACACGCCUGUGCCUGAACAUUCACAAACACCAACGCCGGAUAAGGUCCGCUCGACUUCUAGUCAGUCAGACGCCAACCAACCAUCAAACUCUCGUCCUGGAGCCAUUCAGGUAUCCCCUUCGGGUGUUCAAUCACCAGAGACGGCACCGUCUACCUCCCCCUCUGGAACGAUGCAAGAGUCUGAAGUGCCAUCCUCAGUCGCCGUGUCAACGCCAAUCAGAUCCGUGAUCGGGUCGGCCUAUCUCACCCCCAUUCCCAUGAAGACGCCCGCUCAAACUCCAGGGUUCUCCAAAGAUGUCCAGGGCCAGGGCCCUGCAGCGAGCCGCUUGGUUUAUCGGUUGGAGCAAGAGAAGAUAAAAUCUUCUGAUGGGGUAGUACAACAAGUUAGGUUUGCGGAGCGAGAGCUGUUUCCUGGUAAGUCCGCAGAUCUGCCCGCGCUUCCAAUUCACGGUUUCUGUAUUCAAGCUCUGGUGAAGAGCAGUGCUAAUGAGGGAAAAGGAGAGACACCGGGCGAAAGCUCAUCGAGCAGAGUACACGACUGGCUUAACCGCGAAGACGAUGCUAAGGGCAAUGCUAAGGGUAAUGCUAAGGGCAAUGCACAUCAGGCCAAUGAUGAGGAAAUGCGUAUGUUGGCCCAUCUAUCCUAUCUUGGACUGGGUCGAAGAUCCUUGGAGCUAACCAUGAUUUGA